UGCUGGCUGCCAGGCAUCUACAGGAGGGAGGAGGAGGCGGAGAAGGAAGAGAGGGGACGGCAGCCCCGGCAGCAGCAGCAGUAACUUCCCAGGGCUUCAUUAUUGAGGUGCCGGACUCCCAGCGGAGAGCAGCCCUCCUCCAGCCGCAGCCUGCCAGCCUCCACUGCAUGAGUCCAUGGAUUACAUGGUGUGAUGCUGCAUAACCCAGAGGAUCAUGAGAGCUGUAAAAUUAGCUGGCCGGACUGACUAUUUCUUCCUCGCUCCAUUCCUAGCAAACUUUUACCUCCUUGCGUCAAGCUGACUGAUCACAAAUGGAUUAUGUAUCCCUGAAAGCCAAUAAAAGGCCGCCGGGCUGAUCCAAUGAACUCCAGCGUGUGUUUUCGAGCCCUCUGUUGUAAGGGUCCUCCACCUCCUCGCCCUGAGUAUGAUAUUGUUUGUAUAGGACUCACAGGAUCUGGGAAGUCAAGUCUAUUAACGCAACUGUGCAGCGAGAGCCAAGACAAUAUUGUGCCUACCACAGGUUUUAGUAUAAAAGCCGUUCCAUUCCAGAGUGCCAUUCUCAAUGUGAAAGAACUUGGAGGAGCAGCAAAUAUCCGAAAAUACUGGAGUCGUUAUUACCAGGGAUCUCAAGGGGUAAUAUUCGUCCUUGAUAGUGCCUCAUCUGAAGAAGACUUAGAAACUGCCAGGAAUGAGCUCCAUUCCGCCCUGCAGCAUCCACAGCUAUGCACUUUACCUUUUUUAAUACUGGCCAAUCACCAAGACAAGCCGGCGGCUCGCUGCAUCCAAGAGAUCAAAAAAUAUUUUGAACUUGAACCACUUGCACGAGGAAAAAGGUGGAUCCUUCAGCCGACAUCAUUGGAAAACAUGGAAGCCGUAAAAGACAGCUUUUCAAUGCUAAUAAAUUUACUAGAUGAGCGAGAACUUGAACCAGUUCAAAUUUAAAAGACCCUGGAAAAGUGAGAUCAUCACCCUCUUACCAACAGCUGCUUCUGCUGCAAGAGUUACAGGAGAUGAGUGAUGUCGUCAAGCACGGGUCACAGUCACUCUUGUGUUUUUUGCUGCCUUACAUCCAUGUUAAUCUACAUUUUCUUUUACUGGUAAAAGUCCUGGAUGUACAAAGUAUACAUUAGAAGAAAGAAUACUGGAGGCCUCCAUACUUUUCCAGUAGUAUUAAUACCUAUGGGUUAUUUUUGUUCUGUUCCGCUUUAUCUUUGUGAUACUUUGGUUACUAUUCACUUGACAGUGCACUAUAUUCCUCGAAGAAGAACAAAAAUUCUAUCAUUCUUAACAUGCACUUACCAUCUGCAGAGACAGCCAUUUACUGUACCUACAGUUAGAAACGUAUCAGUAUCUUCUGAACUCCUGAUUUUGUUGACUUUACCUCCAAAACUUCAACCUCUAACUGCGUUGUAUGGUAUAACUGACUACACACUUUGAUUAUUGCAGCAUAUGUUGGAUGUGUUUAUAAAUGUCAGGUGAUUUCUUCAAAGCUAUUAACACCUUUGGCAUAAUUCUUUCUUUUAUUUUUGCAUUCUACUCAUUUUGGGCUAAAAAUAGUUUUUGCAAUUGUUUUUUAUUAAAAUGUUUCAGCAGUUUUUGUGAUACAUGGGUUAAAUUUCAGUCUAUUUGUAAACUGUCUCUUUCCAGUGAUGACGGGUAAUGUAUAGCUCUUAUCUGUGAUCUUCUGACUUCCUAAGCACACAUUUAAACCAUGUUCUUAUAAGUUUGAUCAUUUAGCUAUAAUAGUGUUUGAGGUCAGGUGAUAAGAGCUCUACAUGAUCCAUCAUCUGAGUAAACAGAAAGUGACAGUCGGCAGAUACACUGAAAGUUAACCCGUGUAUCACAAAAACUGCUGAAAAUUUUUAAUAAAGUCCAAUUUCAAAAAUGAUUUAGCCCAAAAUGAGUAAAAUUCAAUCAUAAAAAAAAUUGUCCAGAAGGUGUCCACAGCCUUUAACUUUGUUGUGACCAUGAGACGAUGGUGUGCCAUGUGGCCGAGAACCAUGUUCUUCACCUGCAUUUGUUUUGAAUUUGCGUCAGUUUGCUGUAAACCUCAUGCAGUUCUUGUCUACCCGGCAUACUAACACCCGCAGCCGCAAUGUCAGGACCGAGCCUUAGGGGCCAAGCUUGGGGUAUGGCUGGGUUUUUAAAAAGUUGAUAUUAAUCUUGUUUUGGAAUACUACUGAUUUAGUGCUGUCUAUACCCAAGUAGGGUAGUUGAAUUUAGUCCAUUUUUUUUAAAACUAGUUUUUACUUGCUGCUCCUAAACGCCAUAAUAUAUUACAGUGAAAGUUUUGUCGUCCUAUAUAUGUUUUUAAUUUAAACACAGCCAAGUUUUUCCACUAGGACAUAUAGUUGUAAAUAGGUGGGUUAGUUAGUUUUUGUCUUAGGUUUUUAAUUGUUGACAAUUUUUUUUUUUUUAUUCUUUUUUUUUCAUAAUUAUUGGAUUAUUGGCAGUAAGAAGAUUAAACAGUAUUAUGGUAAAUUUACUAUAUCUGUGAUACAUCAUUAUUUUCCAUUAUAAACACUACUUUUAAUAUUCUGCUGGCGGGCAUUUAUAUUAAAAUAUAAGGAUAAUAAAAAUAAAAAAAUAUAUGAAUGAAUGCUAUAAAAAUACAGCAAAAAGGGACCUAAUAAAGUAGUUCCAUAUACAAUGUUGCAGUGAUUGUAAUAUUAAUCUUGUAAUAUUAAAUUUUGUAGUCCUUUUUUUUUGUGAGGGUCGUGUCUUUUUUUAAUAUUUUUUUUCCUUUUAGAAAAAUGUAACUAUGAAAAAAAACAUUGAAACUGAGCAGCACAAGGUAUUCACUGGCCAUAAUACAACUUCUUUUAUAUAUUAAUACUUUUUUAUUCAUUAUGCUGCUAAUAUGAGUUUGAUGAGAAGGAAACCUUUUUUAUAAUCAACAUCAUUAUACGUGGACUUCCUUUUUUUUUUUUUUUUUUUUUUUUUUUU